AUGCCUAUGGCGUAUCAUCUGAUAAUCAUCAGAGGGGUUGUAGGCUCUAAAGUUGGUAGCUCUAUUGCUAUUGAUGAUGUCUUCAUUCAAGCACUUGAAAAUAAUUGCUUUAGUCAUGAAGGCCAGCAUUAUCGAGGUACAAUAGCUGUCACUUCUGAUGGCUACACAUGCAAAAAUUGGAAUUCGGACUCUAUUACAUCCGUGUCAUUGGCUUUAUUGAAUCAUUCUAUUGAGCACGAUUUAUCAUCUAAUUACUGCCGUAACCCAUUCCGUAAUCGAUUAAAGCCCUGGUGUUAUAUUGAAAGCAACCUAACUAAAUUAUCCUGGCAAUAUUGUAAUGUGCCUACUUGCAACUUUUCCAAAAUCACAGUGACAGCAUAUCCACUAGGAAAUAAAUACCCUAUCAAGAUUGUUCAAAAAGAUGGGCAAGAUAAACUAAUUGGUCGACUUGCAAUUUAUUACAACGGACGAUGGGGAAGUAUCUGUCUUAAGGGCAUGACUGCAAAUAUUGCUAGCGUAUUUUGCCGACAAGCAGAAUAUGGAAAUCAAGGAUCAAUCAUUACAGUUUUAAAUCAAACCAAAACUACCGGGACAAUAUGGCUACGUGGGUACGAUAUUAAAUGCCCAUCCUAUUCAACUGAUCUGACACAGUGUAUUCUGGGGCCAUGGAAUGCCAGCCGUUGUUGCAAUCAUUCUGAAGAUGUUUGGAUAAAAUGUUCUCAAUCGAAUCUGAUCGGUCAUCAACCUUCGAAAGCUUUUAGUAAUGAUAGCUAUAAUCAUUCAACCGCAACUAUUGAUACAAUCGUUUAUAGAGCAAAUAAUGAGGAUACUUACGUUAUUGGCAUUGCUUUGGGUUGUGUCAUUAUCGGUAUUGCUAUCAUUGCUUGGCUGUUAAGGUAUUACAUCAAAUGUAAUCAGAGAGUUAGCGCAAGUGGAGGCGCAGUCCAAUGGUCUGCGAAUAAUUUAACUGUUGCCACUGCUACUUCAAGUGUUAUUAAUCGUCCGACCACAACAAAUUCCAGUGAUGCUGAGCUAAGGACCAUGUAUGCAUCUUCAAUAACCGGUGUCAUUACGCCAAACGCAAGCUUUGCAGCCCCAUACCAACCUCAUUAUGAUCGUAAAAUGAGUCGUAUGACAGAUGUUGUUUCUCUACCUCCAAGUUAUGAUGCUGUCAUGAAAAUGAAGUUUCAGCAGAGAAAGGGAAGGCAAGGGAAUGGAACAACUUCGACAUAA